AUGCUGGUGAAUUGCAAAGCUCUUCUCGCAGGCUUGAUCCUCUGCUCGGCUUGCAGGAUUCUUUCCGGGCUCAAGUCCUUGAACUACCUGCUCUUUCGGAGGAUCGACACCAACUGCAACAGCAAGUACGUGUCGCGAUACGAGGCAGCGAUCAGUCCGGACUUCACCGCGGUCAACUUCACCCUGAACUUUAGGCGAAACAUCACCGCGGACGUUUGGCUGAGGGCCAUAAUUGGGCAGCGGGUAGCCAAGACCGGCGACUCCUUCAGGGACGUCUUCACCUACAACGUGAACCUGUGCCAUGUGAUGGGCAGAGUCAAGGGCAACGGCCUGAUCAACUACUGGCUGAACAACAUCCUGAGGGAGUCCAACAUGCCUCGCAACUGUCCCAUAAAGAGGGGCAACUACCACUUGAGGAACGUUCGAUCGGAAAUGGAGGGCGUUCCGCGGUUCAUUCGCUCGGGCAGCAUAAGGGUGGCCUCCGCCGUGUAUGUGAGGGACUGGAGCAACGUCAACCUGACGGGCACUGUCCUCUACCUCGAGAUAAAGAUGCAGUGA